AUGAUGAACCAACAACCCUCUCAACAACCAACAACGGUACCACAAAUACCAUUACAAUCAUCUCAGCAGCAAUUACCUAUUCAGCAAUCAUCACCAAUACAGCAAUCAUCAAACCCAACCCAAUCAAAUCCACAACCCUCAAUUCAACAACAGCAACAUUUAGUUAGUCAAAAAUUAAAAUUAUUUCAUAAAAGGGAAGUCGAUGAACCUGACCCAUUAGAAUUGGUAUGGAGAGAUUGUUAUGAAAAAAUAGAACAAUUAUUAAUAAACUCAACAGAAAAUGAUAUCAAUAACUCAUUAGUAGAAAAAACAUCUGACGCAUCAGAUGUUAAAACUCAUACAGAAAUAACAAUAGGAUUAUUAUAUGCAAUUUUAAUAUCAGUCCCACAAUCAAAUUUAGGUGCACAAUAUUUCAAAUCAUUAACAUUUGUCUCCAAAGAUUCAUUGUUAACUUUUUGUAAUUUAUUAAAAAAGAUGAUUGGGGAUAAAUUUCAAAAACUAAAUGAUAACCCAAGACAGCAAGUUUUAUGGAUUAUUAACGAACUUAUUAAUAACAACCACCCAGAAAGUGAAUCAGUCUCCUCAAUUACAUUAAGACAUAUUUAUGGGGGUAAUCUCCUUCAAAAAAAUUUAUCAUUAGGUUUUUCAAUGUUAAACAUAUUUAUAUCACACAAAGCAUGGCUAUACAACAAACCAAACUUUAUCCCAAUUGUAUUAUACCAUUAUUUAAGAUUAAUUCAAGAUCAUAUUAAUAAACCACCACCAUUUAAUCCAUCACAUUUAAAAGAAGAAACAAUGUUUUGUUUGGAUUUAUUAAAAAAUAGAUUCCAAGAAUGUAUAGUUAUUGGUAGAGAUUUAAUUAGGUUAUUACAAUAUUUAAGUAAUAAAACACCAGAAUUUGAACAGCUUUGGAAAGAUUUAAACAGUAAACCAACUUCAUUUUCGAGUAGUUAUCAAGAUAUUAGCCAAUCAAUGAGGAUACCAACACCUAAACAUUUUUUACAGUCUAGAUUAUCACCAGAAAUGGAAAUUCAAGUAUUGUAUAUAUUAAAAGAAGUUAAGUUUGGUAAUCAAAAACGUUAUCAACAAUGGUUUGUCACCAAAUAUUUAAUGACACCAGAAUCAGAAUCAUUAAUACCCGAUAUUAUCCGUUAUAUUUGUUGUGUUUAUCAUCCUCCAAAUCAUGUAUUAUGUAGUGAUAUCGUUCCAAGAUGGGCUAUUAUUGGUUGGCUCCUCAAACAUUGCAAAUCCGAUGCUUGGAGAAACUAUUCGAAACUAUCCUUAUUUUUAGAUUGGCUUUACUAUGAACAAAAACAUGAUUCAAUUAUGAAUAUCGAACCUGCUAUCCUUUUAAUGGCUGGUUCUGUUAAAAAGUAUGCUGAUAUGACAAUCGAUUUGGUCGAAUAUAUCAUUGGUACUUUAUUAGAAACCUAUGACCCUCAAAGAAAAGAGCUAAUUAAAACUGGUAUUGGUAAUUCGUUUUCAACCUUACUUGAAAAAAAUGUUGUUCAAUCUUUAAAUCAUGUAUUCCCUCCAGAUUUUAUUGGCACAGCUUUAUAUGAAAGAAUCAAACAAAACUUCCAUUCACUUUUAACACCCUCAAAUCAACAAAACAAACCUUUAAAUAGCUCAACAGGUGGCAUAAAUAAACCCUCACCCUUAUCAUCUUCAUCUGGUGGUUUUCCCACAAACAAUACACACCACCAGCAACAAGUUAAAUCACCACUACUUCAGCCAAAUUCCUUACAAAACUCUUCUGGUUCAAUUCCUAAUAAUAAAAAUUUACCACAACAACCACCACAGCAACCAAAUUUACCAAAUAACUCUUCACAGCCAUUUGUCAAUAAACCAUCUAACCAACCUAUACUCCAAAAAUCUCCACCAUAA